AUGCCUUCACUGUUGGCAGUCAAGUCAUCCCUGAAACAAUCCAACUCUUUUAAUAUGAUGCCCGACGUCUCAUCGUCAACAACUGGUAUUGGGCGCCUUCGCGGCGUCCAACGUUCCAGCUCCGGAAAUAGUCGUCGCGCUAGCGGCGGCGUUCGACGUACCAGUUCUUGGGGCUUUCGGAGGACCACCGGCCGCAAAAUCUCGGCUGCAGCUCACGCCGUGGCAGAGGCGCCAACGAAUAUCUUUGCAUCGGACAUGGUUGUCUCUUUGGACUUUGUGUCGGCUCGGCUAGAUGAAGUCAAGUCGGACAAGUCAAUAAGAAGGCUGGAGAUAGAAGAUCUCAUUGUCAGUGCUCACCGGCCAAAGCUCAUGGGGAAAGUAACCAAGCUCUUGUUUGCUGGAGAUCGGGAAUGGCAUGCAAUUUCCUUUGUGGAUUCCAUCCCGUGGGAUCAGUUCAAGUGGUGGCAGGGGCGAAAGAGAAUGGUCAUGUUUGCCUUUGAAGGGUCUAAAAAUACUGCUACGAGAAACAAGAUCACAUUCCAGGCCAACGUAGAAGUCUCCUCAGGUUUGGCUUUGAAAGAGUUUGGUUCGCUUCUAAGGGACAUCAAAGGACAACAGGGCAUCUGCAACGUAACCUUUGCUGGAGCACUCUUUGGAUACAGCGAAGGCUCGGAGGCUCUCGAUUUCAUCGUCAGCGGGGAUGGCACCUUAUCAGAGAUGGUCACCAUCAAGAUUUCGUUCGGUUGGAAAGCUGACCCCAACAGCUACGAGUUACUGGACGCUUGCAUACAGGAUAUCGAGCUUAAAGCGUUCAGAGAAACGAUCAACAGCACGGGGACCCAGAUGAGACGUGUUCAAUCCACUGGUGCUGCUUCGGCUCAAAUGCGCGACUCCCUGAGGAACUCCAAACACAAGGACACGGCACCCCGUCCAGCUCUGAAAAGAAACAGUUGUGGCAGUGCACGCAGCAAGUCUCCAGCUCCCAGUAGAAUCAAGCCCAUUGAGUCCAGUGCUCGCAGCAACCCAAUCUCACCACUUCGGCGCAACCGAACGACCGGAACCGUAGAUAUUGGGAAACAGGGAAGGCGCAUGGCGAUAAGCAAAGAUAUCCAGUUGCCUUUAGCAAAACUCAGGCGCAACAGAUCCGCUGGCACUCUCAAUGACAAAUGUGUGGAGAUACAUGAGCGUAGGUCAAAGAGGGAAGACAGGAGAACACGGCAGAGGAAAACCAGGUCGAACAGUGUUCCUUCUUUGAACGCAAACAACGAUGAAUCCGAUGACGAGCUUCCCUUGGUUAAGCGUGCCACGCUUCCUGCGGCCAAGUUUCGUACAAAAGCAAAAAGAUCAAUCAGCGCGCCAUUGCCGGACCAUGGCAGUGAUAAUACGGAAUCGACCGCUGAAGGAAAAGGGGGGGAGAGCAGUAGAACCUCUGAUGCCACAACCGCGGCCUUGACCGAUUCUGAUACUGAGGUGGUUUCAUCCGGAAAUCAUUGUGCUGAACGUGAAGAUGAAUCUGAGGACGGACGGGUGGAUGGCCCCGACUUUCAAUGGACAAAACAUGCGAAAGAAUCAAGUAAGCGUGGCAAAGAGGCUUCUGGUGCUUCGAAAGAUAUGAGUUCUAGCAACGAAACAGCAAAGGAACCAGCGGAUGUCAGUCACGCGCCUCUUGAAUAUUUUGACUGGGAGCUUGGCAAACCAGUGGCGAUCCCCAGAAGAAGCAAGAGCGCUGGAAGCUUUAAGCAGCGAACGACGCAAACCGGAAGUGCUGACUGCAGCAAUGUCGCACCACAAACCCACCUUUCGGCGUCACAGUCGCUGGGAAAGUUGAAAUCUGGCCUGGCAAAGCAAUCCCAAGGGUCCCAGAAGAAGAAGGAACUCACCCGCAAGUCGUCUGAGAGCACGGCAUCUCCGAUGCUAGUGCGCAACGGGGGCAUGAAAUCAAACUCCUCGGCGUCUUUGACGGCAGUCGUCAAAUCUUCCAAAAAUCAAUCAAAUACGAGCUCAGAUACAAAACGUAGUGGUGCGGCAAGAUCGUUGAUGGCGUCAGUGGACUCCGCGAACCGUAGUUCGACUAGGAAAAAGGGGGCAGUCUAG